ACCUCAAUUUCAGAAUUUUCGAGCUCAACCUCAAGCCACACUCCACAACCCUCACUCACUCUCUGUACUCUCUCACAACAUUCACUCUCUCAUCUCAAAUUCAUCUCCAGACUCCACAACCACAUGCAGGGGCGGAUCCUCACUCACUCUCUCCCCUUCGCUCUCUCUGUCUCUCAAAUCCCACAGGCCACACCCCACACUCAUGACUCACCCAGUUACCUUCCCUCACCCACGAGAUCACGAGAGAACAAAGUCAAAGACUCAAAGAGGUUUACAAUACCUCAGUCAGUCAGACUCUUUCGCACAGAGGACGAGAUGUCGAGAUCGAUGGAGGCAGAGGCGGUGGAGUCUAGAAUCGAUGGAGGCAGAGGCAGUGACUGAAAUCGGUGAAUGCAGAGGUGGUGUUGUGGUAGUAGUUUUCGUUGGUUCUUCUUCGUCUUCGAUGGAUCUGCAUAAAAAUUUCCCCUUUCUUUUUCUCUUUUUAGGGUUUUGUUUUCCCGCUUUCUUUUUUCUGAAAUUAGAGUAGGAAGUUUUAAUCUUAUAUGAUUUAGUCACUCAAAAAAAAUAAAAGAAAAAUAAAAAAGCCACGUGGAAUCGAUGAUUGUGCAAAAAUAGAGCCACAUAAGCACAUAACACGAGUAGGAACCUAUUUCGAUUAAAAAAAAAAUUCCAGGGAUCCAGAAUCGAAAAAAAAAUUUGGGGACUUAUUUUCGUACGACAUACAAUUCCAGAGACCUUCAGAGUAUUUAAGCCUAAUAACUAUUCAUCAAUUGUUUCUUUUUCACACAACUCGAUGUUGUACAUAGAUCUAUUUUCUCUACUUUUUUCAUCUUCACACUACUUGUACUUGAUGUGUGACUUGGAUGUAUACCCAUGCAUAACAUGAAAUUCAUCUUAUGAUCAUUGAGAUAAACGUAUGCACGUUACAUACUACUAAUAUUCAAAACAUCCACUAACACCUCAUAUAUCACAUUUCUCAUUUCACUUUCUUGUAAUGUAAACAUCUUUUUCUUUUCAAUAAUGAAAAAUCAAAGCUCAUCUCAAAUUGAAUGGACUAGUGUCACAGACUUACAAUUGAAUAUUUUAAUACAUAAUCUGCACAUCAAAAUCAUGAAUUGAGUAAGCUCUUCCCUGCUGCAUAUAGUCUGCAUACAUUAAAGAUAUAGAGAGACUCUUGCCGGUUUGACUUGAGUAAAUUUCAUGGAGAUGGAACAUGAAGUACAAAGAAGUAGUGAUUUAAAUAUGUUUUUGUUAAUUAUAAAUAAAUACACACACUUUUAAUUCACUGAAGCCCACUAGUCUUGCCCAUACCAUAUAAUACAAACAACUCAAUCAGAGGACGAGCCAAUGUGAGAUGCAAAGAAAGAAAGAGUGACUGAUCGAUGAUGGAGCAAGUGAACGAUGCAAAUGGACCACAUAAUCAUCAAUACUCCUCAAAUCACGAGAAACCAUGGAGAAAGUUCUUGACACAUGUAGGUCCUGGUUUCCUGGUCUCCUUGGCUUACCUUGAUCCUGGGAACAUGGAAACUGAUAUGCAAGCUGGAGCUAACCACAGAUAUGAGCUGCUCUGGUUGGUACUCAUUGGACUGAUAUUUGCGCUUAUAAUUCAGUCAUUGGCUGCAAAUCUCGGUGUAAUCACUGGGAAACACCUUUCAGAAAUAUGUAAAGCAGAGUACCCAUUAUUUGUUAAGUACUGCUUGUGGUUAUUAGCAGAGGUUGCUGUCAUAGCUGCAGACAUACCUGAAGUGAUUGGCACAGCCUUUGCACUUAACAUACUCUUCCACAUACCAUUAUGGGUAGGAGUUCUGAUGACUGGCUGCAGCACUCUCUUGCUUCUGAGUCUGCAGAGAUUUGGGGUGAGGAAGUUGGAGCUACUGAUAACAAUCCUAGUUUUUGUGAUGGCUGCAUGUUUCUUUGCUGAAAUGAGCUAUGUCAAUGUCCCCGCUUCUGGUAUACUCAAGGGAAUGUUUGUGCCCAAACUCGAUGGUGAUGGAGCCGUUGGCGAUGCAAUUGCCCUUCUCGGUGCCCUCAUCAUGCCGCACAAUCUUUUCCUCCAUUCUGCUCUGGUGCUGUCUAGAAAAGUACCAAUUUCGGUGCGCGGCAUCAAUGAUGCAUGUAGAUACUUUCUCAUAGAAAGUGGGUUCGCACUCUUUGUAGCAUUUCUAAUCAAUGUUGCAAUGAUUUCUGUCACGGGCACUGUUUGUUUUGCCAACAACCUUUCUGCAGAAAAUACUGAUCGGUGCAAUGAUCUUACCCUUAACUCUGCUUCCUUCCUUCUGAAGAAUGCGUUGGGAAGGUCUAGCUCAACCGUUUAUGCCAUAGCACUUCUAGCCUCAGGACAAAGCUCUACUAUCACUGGAACCUAUGCAGGGCAGUACAUUAUGCAGGGUUUCUUGGAGAUAAAGAUGAAAAGAUGGAAGAGGAACUUAAUGACUAGGUGCAUUGCCAUAGCACCUAGUCUUGUUGUUUCCAUCAUUGGUGGUUCUUCUGGAUCCAGUCGCCUUAUUAUCAUUGCAUCAAUGAUACUUUCUUUUGAGCUUCCUUUUGCAUUGAUUCCACUUCUUAAGUUUAGCAGCAGCAGUACCAAGAUGGGACCUCACAAGAAUUCUUUGAUUAUUAUUGUCAUCUCAUGGAUACUAGGCUUUGGGAUCAUUGGUGUCAAUGUAUACUAUCUCAGCACUGCCUUCGUGAAGUGGCUAAUUCAUAGCAAUUUGCCAAAGGUGGCAAAUGUGUUCAUAGGGAUUAUAGUGUUUCCUCUAAUGGCAGUUUAUAUUCUCUCAGUUAUCUACCUAACAUUUAGAAAAGACACUGUUAAGACAUAUAUUGAGACAAAGAAUGACCCAAUGCAAAGCCAUGUAGAAAAUGGGAUUUUGGAUAAUGGUCAAUUAGAGUUGAGCCAUGCUCCUUACAGAGAAGACUUAGCUAGUUUCUCACUUCCAGAAUAGGGGACUAAGUCUAUGAAUCAAAGGCAUCGCCAACAAAGAAAGGGAAACUUCACAUUGCUUUCAAAUCAUUCAAAUGUGUAACGAGAAUCUAAUGAUUGUUGGUUCUCAAAAUGAUUGGUUAAAGACUUAAAGUGAUCAUAAUAUUAGGACUUUGAGAA